GUUGAACUUUAUGUUAGGUUUGUCAGGGCUUUAAUUGAUGUGGCCGUGAUUUUCUUGGUUUGCUUUAAAAUUUGUUGUCGUCUACUUCGUAAUCUAUGUUCUAUAGUGUUUCGUUACCCCGCCAGGUAUUGUGUGUUAACCGUUAUCUAUGGAAAUUUUGUUCCAAAUAUCAACGGGGCAUGUGAGCUAGUAGAAAAAGUUUAAGUAUUGUGAUUUUCGUUGAUUUCAUCAAUUUAGUCUUAAGUAUUGUGAUUAUCAUUUUGACUAGGAAAUAAAAAACGCUAUUUGUAUUUUUGGCAAUAACUAUGCAUGCUAGGACCUUUUACACUUAUUUUAGAAAGUUAGAGUAGACAUUAUGCAGAACAUGCGUCUUUCACCACCUAUGCGUCUCUACGAAGCCCGGGCCCGGACACGGAUAUGAUACCCACAUUGAUACGAAGAUACGACUAAAUGGAAAAAAAACAUAGAAGACCGGACACGGCGUGUAUAUACAUGCUGUAACAGCGAUGGUCCAGCAAGCUAUGCAAUAUAUCGAUGAGACACCAGAUGUUAAAACUUGUAUAAGCCUAAUCGAAACCUUGAACAGUGUAUCUGCAGGAAAGAUAUAUGUUGAGAUUGAGAGAGCUCGAUUGAUCAAGAAACUUGCAAAAAUUAGGGAAGAACAAGGACUUAUUGAUGAAGCUGCUGAUUUGAUGCAAGAAGUUGCGGUAGAAACUUUUGGUGCCAUGGCAAAAACUGAGAAAAUCGCUUUCAUUCUUGAACAAGUUCGUUUGUGUCUAGACCGACAGGAUUAUGUUCGUGCUCAGAUACUCUCAAAAAAGAUUAAUGAAAGAGUAUUUGAUGCUGAUGUUUCAAAGGAAAAGAAAAAGCCUAAAGAAGGUGAUAAUGUUGUUGAAGAAGCUCCUGCAGAUAUACCAUCUCUGCCAGAGUUGAAGCGUAUCUAUUAUGAACUAAUGAUUCGGUACUAUUCCCAUAAAAAUGAUUAUCUUGAAAUUUGCCGAUGCUACAAGGCAAUAUAUGAGAUUCCAUCUGUCAAAGAAAAUCCUGCCGAGUGGAUUCCAGUCCUGAGGAAAAUAUGCUGGUACUUGGUUCUAUCACCACAUGAUCCAAUGCAGUCAAGCCUUCUCAAUUCCACCUUGGAGGAUAGGAAUCUGUCUGAGAUUCCAAACUUUAAGUUACUGUUGAAACAGUUGGUUACCAUGGAGGUUAUCCAGUGGACAACUCUUUGGGAUUCAUACAAUGAUGAGUUUGAGAAUGAGAAUAACCUUGGAAGGAAUUUGGGUGAAGCAGCAAAAGAUCUGAAGGAAAGAGUAAUUGAACAUAAUAUUCUUGUUAUAUCGAAAUACUAUGCAAGGAUUACUUUGAAGAGACUUGCAGAGCUUUUGUGUCUCAGUGUUCAGGAAGCUGAGAACCAUCUUUCAGAUAUGGUUGUGUCCAAGGCAUUGGUGGCAAAAAUUGAUAGACCCAUGGGAAUAGUUUGUUUCCAAAGAGCCAAGGAUAGCAACGAUGUUCUUAACUCAUGGGCAGUAAACUUGGAGAGACUGCUUGAUCUUGUGGAGAAGAGCUGCCACCAAAUACACAAGGAAACCAUGGUGCAUAAGGCUGCCUUGAAGGGUUAAGAAGAUCCAUGCCACUAUUAGAAGUUACUGGAGGACCCCAAUAUUGAUGUUAUUUUGGACUGAAGUUGCUUUGACAGGAUGUUCAUUUGAAUCGUUGCUGAUUAGGAUGGUUAGGUAUUGGGGGAUUAAACGACAAUUCUUUCUUUUACCAUUUUAUUGUCAAUGAUGAAGUUAGGGUAGAGUUCAUACAUGUUUCUUAGUGUUGUAUACUAAUGGUGCAUACCUUACCACCGACUUAUACAUGAUCCUGAACGAUCUUUGUAGGUCAGUGGGAAGAGAAUUAGUGCUGAUAUUCUUUUGUCCGUUCAAUUUUCCUGCAUUCCUUGGGCUCACUA